AUGUUGUUUCGAUUCCUGCUACUUCUCACGUUUUUAAACGUGUCCUGCGGACAGAAUGAAUAUCCCAACUAUCCGGAGGAUGAGCCGCCCAAAAAUUAUCCGGAAGCGUAUCCCAUUCCAAAUUACGAUACCAACCCUGCACCUAACCCAGAACAGCCCGCCGUACAACCACAUUAUCCGGACUACAGCUAUGUAGAAACGGUGGAAACUACUACGAUCCCUACCACCACUACCACUACCAGGCGGAUUGCAAGAUCGAGAAGACCUCAAGUGUUUCCACCGACACCAACGGCUCGUCAAACUAGGCCAAAUCAAGCGAACAGAGUAGUGCGUUACUAUUUCCUGGACGAUCAAGGAUAUGUAGUUCGUUCGGCAGUUAGACGUCGCUAUCGAACAGGAUCACUGCAGAUGAAUGGGCUACCUCCGUAUUAUCGCAAUAUCCUAUCAGGUGCGCGCUCGAUAAGAGCAAACGGAGGAGGAGGCCAAACAAGACCGCAACGUGUUGACUACUGGUGGAACUGGUGGAACUGA